CACAUGCGUUGGGCGCAAAAUCCGCGAUCAGUUGUUAUUUCUUGAUCACUUGGCAAGGAAACGGCCGUGCUUCCUCGCGGAAGUUGUUAACCUUUAUAUUAGUGAAUCAAAGACUUCCUCUCUUGGGAUCAAUUGACACGAUUCUGCGCUGAAAUGGGCCUCAAAGACUUCGUUCACCGACUUGAGCCAGUUCAAUUGUACGUUGUGCUCAUCUUAUCAAUCGUAUAUUUUCUCGUUCAGCUCUUCUUCAGCCACAUAACACACGCUCUCACGCUUCUAGUGAACUCUUAUCACAUGCUGUGCAACAUUAUCGCUCUCACUGGAUGCAUAAUUACCAUUAAGUACAGCAAAAAGGCGCCCGGUUCGCCUGCGCCUCGAAAGGAGAAUGACUGCGCAAUCGAGAUGCAGCCGAACGCGGAUCAGCGGCUGCAGAGCUGCGAUCACCAGAGCGGCGUCCUGAGGAACACCUUUGGCUGGACGCGCAUCGAUCUGCUCACGAUGAUGAUUGUGUGCAUCUUCAUGGCGUCGCUCAGCUUCUCGCUGCUCGUGGAGGCUCUGCAGACGCUCAUCCACAUCAACUACGCCGAUACGAUGCACCAUCCCAUCCCGGUGCUCGUAGUGGGCGCUACGGGGCUCGUGCUCAACGGCGUGUGCCACCUGCUCAUCGGCGGCUACACCUUUCACCAGGGCAGCUUCCUGCACAUCACGUCCAGCGGAAACGUGGUGCUGGACCGCGUGGUGUCAGACAAGUCCGUGCAGAAGGGCGAGCGGCGCCUAUCGCGCACCAAGAAGUACGCCGUGACGCUGGUGCAGCAGGACGGCGGUUACCGGCAGAGCAUCAUGGAGAUCGCUCGCGACAUUUGCAGCUGCCUCUUUGUCAUCGCGUGCGCAAUCAUCGUGUUCUUCGUGAACAAUGAGAACAUCACCAAGUUCAUCGAUCCCGUGAUCUCCAUUCUCUCCUGCAUCGUCCUGCUGAUCCUCAGCUAUCCUUACAUGAAGGAAUCCAGUCUCAUCUUACUGCAAACAAUUCCAGGCUCAAUCGACAUUGAGCACUUCAAGAACACGCUUCUGACCACCUUUCCGGAGAUUGAGAGCGUGCACGAUCUGCACAUUUGGCAGCUCACGCGAAGCAAGUACGUCUCGACGGCUCACGUGAUCUUCCAGGAUCCGCGCACGUACGCUCGCGUGAUGGAGGAUGUGCUGAGCUUCUUCCGCGACCAGGGCAUCACGAUCGUUACGGUGCAGCCGGAGUUCAAGACCAAGUCCAGGAGCGCGUCCGUGGACAGGAAGUCCGGCGAUUGCCUGAUGGUCUGUCGCGACGUCUCCUGCCUGGACAAGUCCUGCUGCAAGAGCUUCGAGCAGCUCGCCCCGGAGAUUUGCCACGGCGAUUCACGAGAUGCCAAGCCAGCGCCAAAAAGCUGCCCGAAUGGAGUGCAGCCGCCAAAAUUGGACGCCAAGACGCCAAGAGAGAACUUCAGUAUUAGCGUGGGAAAUGUGAAUGAAGGGAAUGAAGUGAAUUCGAGUCCGCUGAGAAAAUUCAAUAGCGAGCCCCAUUUAUUCAUUCGAGAAGAGCAACAGUGAAGAUUCCUCGGAAUGCAGACUGAAAUAUUUGUUCAACUGCUCUAAAGUUUUACGGGUCUUCGGAAGACAUUUCCACUAACUUCUAAUCAACACCGUGUGCCAGAUUUUAUCCAAAAAAGAAGAGAUUACAGAUUAUUGUUUUAUGAAAAUUAAAUUAUAGCUAAAGAUUUUACUUCAAGAGCGCAUGGAAGAAAAGUGUUCAUUG